UGAGUCAGAGCGACUGCGCGCGCAGGGACAGUAAGGACCGGGCGGAGGGCCGAGAAGGUGCGGCGUCCGCGUUUUCGCAGGCCCGAAAGGGGAACUGCGUGGUGGAGGUCACCGGGAACUGAGCAUUUCAGAUCUGCUUAGUAAACCUGGUUCAUCACCAUGCUGGCUGCAAGGCUUGUGUGUCUCCGGACACUACCUUCCAAGGUUUUCCACCCAGCUAUCACCAAGGCCUCCCCGGUUGUGAAGAAUUCCAUCACAAAGAAUCAAUGGCUCUUAACACCCAGCAGGGAAUAUGCCACCAAGACAAGAAUUGGGAUGCGCCGAGGGAAAACCACCCAAGAACUCAAAGAAGCGGCAUUCGAGCCAUCAAUGGAAAAAGUAUAUAAAAUUGACCAGAUGGGAAGGUGGUUCGUUGCUGGAGGGGCUGCUGUUGGUCUUGGCGCACUGUGUUACUAUGGCUUGGGAAUGUCUAAUGAGAUUGGAGCCAUUGAAAAGGCUGUAAUCUGGCCUCAGUAUGUGAAGGAUAGAAUACAUUCUACCUAUAUGUACUUAGCAGGAAGUAUUGGUGUAACAGCUUUGUCUGCUUUGGCAAUAGCCAAAUCUCCUGUUCUCAUGAAUUUCAUGCUGAGAGGCUCUUGGGUGACAGUUGGUGCAACCAUCGUAGCCAUGAUUGGAGCUGGAAUGCUAGUACAGUCCAUAUCGUAUCACCAGAACAAGGGCCCGAAGCAUCUUGCUUGGUUGCUACAUUCUGGUGUGAUGGGUGCCGUGGUGGCUCCUCUGACAAUACUGGGGGGACCCCUUCUCAUAAGAGCUGCAUGGUACACCGCCGGCAUCGUAGGAGGCCUCUCCACUGUGGCCAUGUGUGCUCCCAGUGAGAAGUUUUUGAACAUGGGCGCACCACUGGGAGUGGGCCUGGGUCUUGUGUUUGUGUCUUCACUGGGGUCCAUGUUUCUAGCACCGAACACUGUGGCUGGUGCCACCCUGUACUCAGUGGCAAUGUAUGGUGGAUUAGUUCUUUUCAGUAUGUUCCUUCUAUAUGACACUCAGAAAGUAGUCAAACGUGCAGAGGGAACACCAUUGUAUGGACAGAACAGAUAUGAUCCAAUCAAUUCGAUGUUGGGAAUCUACAUGGAUACGCUGAAUAUAUUUAUGCGCGUCGCAUCUAUGCUAGCAACUGGAGGUAACAGAAAGAAAUGAAGUGACAGCUUCUGACUCCUCCAACACAUCAGAUGUCUUGCUGUUGAAUAGGAGCAGAUAUUCAUUGCACAGUUUGGACAAGCAGCUUUCAUUGAAGUUUAGAAGAUAAGAACCUGUCAACAUGUUUGAAAUGUUCCAGUAAUGUGACCCUUCAGGUCUGCUUUUUCUUCUAGAGAAUAAAUUGAGUAGUACUCUUCCAGAUAAGCUAUAUUUUCAACUCUUAUAUAUAAAUAAUCCUAACAUUCUUUAACAAACAUGAAAACUAAGAUUUGUGUUAUGAGAAUUAAGUGUAUUAGAUGAAGAGUUAGCCUACAUAUGUUGGUAGAUAGAAAAUAUUGUGAUGUUAUAAAUGACUUUAAGGAUUUAAUAUAGAGAGCAGAGAAAGGCAGUCGUAGGACUUAGCAAUAUGUAAUUAUGAAGAGCCCUAGUGAACAACAUUAUUUGGACUAUUUGAAAACAAACACCUGCUGUGUUUUCAUUAGCCUGUAAAAGAAAAAUGUAGGAUUUCUUCUCCUGUUGUUUUCCUUAGUACUCUUUUUCCAGUGUUGAUAUGUUGUUACAGUCCAGAAUGUGAAUCAUAUGGAGAGACCCUGAUAGAAUUAUGUAUGUAUAGAUGUUUUACAUUGAAAUGUCUAAAACAAAGUAUCUUACUCUCACAAGUAUAUUUGAUGCUUAUGUCAGGUAUACAUGAAAGAUAUUCACUAGUUGCUGAAUUUUGUGCAUAUUUACUGAAUGUCUAAUUGAGAUACAUGCUUUCAUUUUAUCAUCUCAAAGUUUUGAAGGCUUUGUCAAAAAAGCCGAUUUGUAGCUUACUCUAGAGAUUGUGAAAAUGUUUUACUCCUGAAACUGUUGUAUGUGUUUUCCGUUUUCUCUCAGACUGAGCAUUGAAAAACAAAGCAAAAAAAUUUUUUUCUUUAAAAUAUGUAUGCAUCAAAAGUGUAUGUGGGAUAUCCGAGGUAGUUCAUUGGUUCCCCUAGCAGAAUUUCCUUUUUGUCCUACAUAGCUUUCUCAUGAUAUUUGUAAGUUUUUUGAUACAUAAUAGUUAUUUGGGGAAGUCUUCAGUGAAUGAAAGGAGAGCUGUAUGAUUAUUGAGAUGAUUGCUAUUCUUGGGGAACAUUUUAUUACAGUAAUCCUGAAAUAACUAUUUUAACCACUUCAAAGUACACAGGAUAUCUAUUUCUGAAAUAAUAAAGAUGCCAGCUGGA